UUUGUCGGCCCCUUUUGCCGAGCACAUUGGCUCGGCAGCAGCACGUCCCUCCCUCCGGAAGUGCGGACAUUUCCACUCGGACCCGGUGGACGCGGCGGUUCAGGACCCCAGCCUGGAAGGAUGGUGUGCAUCCCUUGCAUCGUCAUUCCGGUUCUGCUCUGGAUCUACAAAAAGUUCCUGGAGCCAUACAUAUAUCCUCUGCUCUCCCCCUUUGUUAGUCGCAUGUGGCCUGGAAAAGCUCUUCAAGAAUCCCACGAUAAAAACAAGGGCCAAGUAGACUGCAAGGGCGCAGACAUAAAUGGAUUACCAACUAAAGGACCAGUGGAAAUCUCGGAUAAUAAGAAAGACUAAAGUGAUUGUUCCAGAGGAUCUCAUUGUUUUAAAAAUGGACCUGAUCAUAUGAAGCACCUUGCUUGUAAUUGUCUCUGACCUUUUUCUCUGAGACCAGGAUUCCGGGUAGAUAACUUAGAUACUUAACCUGAUGCUAAUCAGGAAAUACAUGCUGUCUGUAUUUAAGAUGUGUUUAGUUAUAUUUAAUGAUUUCAUUCCUGAGUUCCUUUUUCAUUAAGUAGCUUUAAUUUCUACUAUUACAGUUAUGAAUAAAUAAAAGUGUUUUGCCAGUAGACUUUGCUACUAAAUCAGUCCUCAGAAAUCCUUGGGCCUCUAGCUUUUGUUCAGGCUCUUUGAAUUUGAGCAGAGUGCAAUGUUACUGUGAAACGGUGCAGUGAGACUGUGCAGGGAAAGGAAAGGGUUUGGAGGGGUGAUGAGGGCUUGAAAGAUCAUAAUUACUGUCUAAUACAAUGGAGAAGCUUACUCAGGAGAGUAGUCACUGCUUAUGGCUCUGAGGAGAAUAGAAAAGACAGGGAAAUUGGGGAAGCGCCUUUGGAAAAGGAAUACCUUUUACAGAAAUAUCUAACGUACACUAAUUCUAAUCCUUGUUGCAUUCCUUCUAUUCUUAUGAAGUAUAUUAAAUAUUCUGUUCAGCGUG